GCAAAGCUUUUGUAUCACUGACUGUGGGAAAGUUUUGCAAUCACUGUAAGAAGGAAAUCUAGAAUCUGAAAAAAAGUGGUGGAGUGCUCAGUGCUCUACUUUGAGUAGGCUGCACUUGUGCCGUGACGUUGCUCUGGCUCCAAGCCUGCAAGCCCUUGGGCACAGGAAAGCAACAGCCUGACACAGAAGUGACACAAAUUCUGUAUUCUCUUUAUGUUUAAGGUACACUAUUAGGCUGGCAGCAUAAAAUUAAUUGUGAAAAAGAAAACCACAUCACUGAUUUAAAUACUGUUUAUUUAUCAGAGUCAGAUAUUUUGCAAAGUUAAUCAUCAUCAAAAUACAAAUCAAUAAAGGAUGUAUUUGCUUUAGAGAACUCUGUCUUUCCGGUAACAUCUUGUAAAGAUUGGGGAAGGUCUACAUAUCAAUUUAAAGGAGGAAAACCAUGGAUGGGAGAAUCACUGCUGGCCAACUUAAAGACAAGCCACCAUUCACGGACAACAAUGGCAGAAAAGUUCUUGCCAAGCACGUGUGCCAUAAUUGCUCAAAGUUAAAGAUAUUUCUUGGAGCUCUAGCUUUUUCCUUUUUUGCCAAAGGAUUUUCUGGAAGUUAUAUGAAGAGUAUGUCCAGUCAAAUUGAAAGGAGAUUUGAAAUUUCCUCAUCAAUUGUUGGCAUCAUUGAUGGUAGCUUUGAGAUAGGUAACCUAAUGGUAAUGCUAUUGGUGAGUUACCUUGGGCCAAAAGUCCAUCGACCAAAAUUAAUUGCUGUUGGAUGUCUCAUUAUGUCACUUGGAGCAUUUUUAUCAGUGAUGCCUCAAUUCCUAAUGGGACGUUAUAAUUAUGAAAGGAUAACCGUUACUGUGGACAACUCUUCUACAAGUUUAUCAGCUUGCUCCCCAGCACUGCCUGUGGACCAUCCAGUUUUAGUUGUUACAGAAACACCAAGAGAAGAAGUGAAACAUUCAGGAUGUGAGAAAACAUCAAGUUCCUAUCUGUGGCUCUUUGUGUUGAUGGGAAACCUUUUACGUGGAAUUGGGGAAGCACCAGUUAUGCCACUGGGGGUUUCAUACAUUGAUGAUUUUUCUAAAGAAGAAAACUCAGCAUUUUACAUAGGCGUGGUAAGAUCUGCAGGGAUGUUUGGGCCAACCCUGGGCUUCCUGCUGGGAUCUUUCUGUGCCAACCUGUGGGUUGAUAUUGGCAUUGUGGAUAUUGAUGCCAUCAGCAUAAAUCCUAAGGACACUCGUUGGGUUGGUGCCUGGUGGCUUGGAUUAUUGAUAUGUGGAGCAGUCAGCUUCAUAGCUUCUUUGCCUUUCUGGUUCCUGCCUUACUCCUUGCCAAAAGAAGGAGAAGACGAAAAUCAGAAGAUUAGUCAUUUGUCUAUGGCUUUUCAGGGAGAGCAUUGUAAAAUAGAUCCCCCAGUACAGCCACAGUUAAAGUUCUCUGAGGCAGUAAAAGAUUUCCUACCAACUUUGAAGAAGCUGUUUGGAAACCCAAUUUUCCUGGUGUAUGUGCUCCUCACUAUUUUGCAAUAUAAUUCACUUGUUGGCUUGAUAACCUAUGAGACCAAGUUUAUGGAGCAGCAAUUCAAUGUGUCAGUGGCAAGAGCCAUCUUUCUAAUUGGUGUGAUACUUUUACCUAUCACAAUCUUGGGGAUGUUUCUAGGGGGAUUUCUGAUUAAGAAAUUCAAGCUGCAAGUAACUGGAAUGGCAAAGUUUGCAUCCAUCACCUUUAUACUAGCCUUUCUGUUAAAUCUCUUGUACUUCACAUGCAGCUGUGAGGUGCUCCAAGUGGCUGGAUUGACAGUGCCGUUCUCUGGAUCAAAAAUCUCCUCACCCCAAAACAGCUUCAUAGCCAGUUGUAAUGCUGACUGCAGGUGCAAGACGAAUCAAUGGGAUCCUGUAUGUGGGGACAAUGGAAUCACUUACACAACUGCCUGCUUUGCAGGGUGUAAAUCAUCAACUGGAGUUGGAAAGGAUAUGGUGUUUCACAAUUGCAGCUGUGUGGAAGGACAAGGGCAUGGACUUGGCAAUUCCUCUGCAGUUUUGGGACAAUGCCAAAGAGAAAGCUGUACCAAAACAUUUCCCUAUUUUUUAGCAUUACAGGCCACAUGUGCAUUUAUUUUAUGCUUAGGAGGCACUCCUACAUAUAUGAUAAUGUUUAGAUCUGUUUCACCGGACUUGAAAUCUUUUGCUGUGGGAAUUGAAACUCUAGGUGGUAGAGUACUAGGAGGACUCCCAGCUCCUAUUUAUUUUGGUGCCUUAAUAGAUGAGACCUGCUUGAAGUGGGGAACAAAAAGCUGCGGGGGAUCUGGGUCUUGUCGAGUAUAUGACACAAAAGCAUUCAGGAACAUCUAUCUUGGACUUAUCGCUGGACUACGGGCAGGAUGCUGUUUCUUAUAUAUAGUGCUCUAUGUUUUAAUAAUGAAACGUUUCAAACCAGACAGCAAAGAGAUGAAAGAUACUAAAAAUACAGAAAAUCCAACCAGUAAAGAAACAGUUAAUACCAACAAAAAGGAAACUCUGCCUGGUACAAGAAUUUCAGAGGAAGGUGAAGAAACUUCUAUGUAAAAAAAGAAAGGCCUUUUCUGACUCUGCCUGUGUGCCAGGUUUUCUAAGCACAACAGAAGUUUUAUUCACAGCUAGUUUACAAUUUGGGUUUACAAUUUUGGUUCAAAGAAAUUUUUUUGGCUUUUAAUUUACUUUAUCAUAUCCUUUUCACUUCUCUAUCCGAAACAAUAGAAGAAAAAGGAAAAAAGCGUUUUCUGAUUUGGGGAAACUCUCAAACCUCCUUACUCCGAUUUUCUUUCUAUACCAACUAUAAGACUGGCCAAAAUUUUUCAGAUGUCAUGGUUUUGAAUACAAUCAAGAAAUUAAAAGGAGAAAUCUACAAUAAUAAGGUUCUUUCCUGUUUUUAACCACCUUUAUUUUGAGUCUUCUUUCAUUGUAUCUAGUCCCAUUCUUCUAAAUGGCUAAUCAAGUUAUAUUUGCCCUGAUGGAUUUAUACAGUUAUAGUUGCUUUGAUGGAUUUUGCUGCUUGGUUGAUGAUCCUUGUUACGGACUUGGUCCCACAGCCCGUGCUCAGGUGAGAACUCCCCAGGAACAUCAGUGAACACUUUCCGUAAAGGAAAGUGAUAUCAGUAGUUAGCUCAAAACAAACAAGCAUUCAAAAUGAAUUGAAAACAAAAGAAAAUAUUGUAUUAAUUUUGCAAAAUAUCUGAAAAGAAUUGGGGUUGAAUUAAAUUACUCUGAACUGAUCCAGUAAAUUGAUAUAUGCCAAUGUUAAAUUUUGUUGUUUUGCUUUGCCUUUUUUUUUUUUUUUUUUGUAUUGGCAGAUUUAUCCUAAUGACACAGUACAUAGAUGUGUAUCCUAAUGGCCAUAUGUACAUAGACUUUCUGAAUUUUUUUGAGGAACCAUCUGUAAGCAUUGAAAUACACUGCUGAAAAUUUCAAAUUUCA